AGUACACUCGUUCUCGACCGGUUGUCUUGUUAGAGGACGUUGGAGUCAUAGACAGGAGGGGCUCUGCAUCAAAUACUCAUUGUAAAACAGUAAAACACCACAAAUUCAAGCCAGCAUGUUCUCCCGCAUCGCUAGACCAACUGGUACCCUCGCACGGAGCUUGUCCACCUCAUCGCAGAACAAUGCCAAAGUAGCUGUCUUGGGUGCCUCAGGUGGCAUUGGGCAACCCCUGUCCCUCCUGCUGAAGAACAGCCCUUUAGUGAGCCACCUUGCACUCUAUGAUAUCGCCCACACUCCUGGAGUGGCUGCUGACCUUAGCCACAUUGAGACUAGAGCCCAUGUCAAAGGGUUCAUGGGCCCAGAUCAGCUGGAUGCUGCACUGAAAGGCUGUGAAGUUGUUGUCAUCCCCGCUGGUGUCCCAAGGAAACCUGGUAUGACCCGUGAUGAUCUGUUCAACACCAAUGCCACCAUUGUGGCCACACUAGCUGAUGCUUGUGCCCGUAACUGCCCUCAGGCCAUGAUCUGUAUCAUUUCAAACCCAGUGAACUCUACUAUCCCCAUCACAUCAGAGGUAAUGAAGAAACAUGGUGUCUACAACCCCAACAGAGUGUUUGGUGUCACAACACUGGAUAUUGUCAGAGCCAACACUUUCGUUGCUGAGCUCAAAGGUCUUGAUCCUGCCCGAGUCAAUGUGCCCGUCAUUGGAGGUCAUGCAGGAAAGACUAUCAUUCCUCUCAUUUCACAGUGUGCACCCAAGGUUGAGUUCCCUGCAGAUCAGCUGGCUGCAUUGACAGCCAGGAUCCAGGAAGCUGGAACUGAGGUUGUGAAGGCUAAAGCUGGUGCAGGCUCUGCCACUCUGUCCAUGGCCUACGCUGGAGCCAGGUUCACAUUCUCCCUCCUCGAUGCAAUGAAUGGAAAGGAGGGUGUUGUUGAAUGUGCAUUUGUGAGAUCCGAGGAAACGGAAUGCAAAUACUUCUCCACACCUCUGCUACUUGGGAAAAAUGGCAUUGAGAAGAACCUCGGCCUUGGCAAGCUCUCUGCCUUUGAAGAGAAGCUGGUAGGUGAUGCCAUGGAUGAACUGAAGGGCUCCAUCAAGAAAGGAGAAGAUUUUGUUGCAAACAUGAAGUGAUGUGUGCUUGUGGUGCUACCUGUGAAAUGUCAUUAUUUAUAUAGUUGAAUCGUCGUACAUCAACAGGGUUUCCUAAAAAUGUAUUUCCAUCAUGUUCGAAGAUGCAUCUUUGUUCUUAUUAAAACGGUCAAAUCCAGCCAUCAAUAAAACAGACUGCUUUACCAACUCUA